UUUGCGACUGCUAUUGUCGAAUUGGAGGAAGGGAUACUCGAUCACGAUGCAACCGUACGAGCCGUGAUCAAAUAUAUUGAGCGAGAUACACCUCUUUUAAAAGUAAUAGCUCUCAUCGGUGAUACAAGCGUCGACAAACCAUACACGGUGGACAUUAUAAAAAAAGAAUUACGCGAAAGGAGGAAAAACGGUUCUUCACCUUCGCUUCCGACUUUUAUUGUCUUAGAAAAUUUGAGAGCAGAGCAUUCUAAAGUCGUUAUAAACUAUGUUAACAAGUAUCAAGAAGCAUAUGGCGAUCGGGAGUUUACCAUAUUGGCCGUUUAUAAAGUUGAGCAGAUUGAUGACGUUUUGACGCGUGCAGAUAUAAACCAUGUUAUAAAUACAGUAAAAGAUAUUUUUAUCGAAGCAAAUAUUAUUAUGAAAAUUAUUCCCUUCAAACCUUUGAGCGAAGACACAUUAGAAAAAUACAUUAGAAAUACUGCGAAAAAUAUCGGAGAAACGUUCUCCCAAGAUCAAAUCGAUUAUCAUAAACGACGUUUGAUAGAAGAUGAUAGCACUUGUCAAAGAAAAUAUAGUUGUAGACAAUAA